AUGGAAACUAAGACAAUUUUCAUGGCAUUUUUCAUAAUCACCACUUUAGUAUCAUAUGUGUAUCCAAGUUUGUGUCAAGAAGAUAUUGACAAUGAACCAUUGGUCAAUCCUGGUCGCGAGUUUGAUGCAUUGGAUGCAAUAUCACCGGCUUCAGAAGAUUACAAUAAUUAUAUGCUAGAAAACCUCCCACCAAGAUACAAAACGUAUAUUGAAACCUGCAUGGAAAAUAUGGUGUCCACUGAUAAGGGAAAAUGUGGUGGCGAUGUUCUUAAAGAGAUUCUUACGAAUGAACCUGUUUCAAAAGAGUGUUGUCUGAAGGUAGUAAGAGGUGGAAAAGAAUGCUACAUGGAAAUUAAUAAGUUGAUGUUUCGAUUUUAUCAACUUAAACGCUUUUCUUCUCAAGCUUCUUCCAAAAUUAAUGAGGUUUGGAAUAGAUGUUCUGCUGAAGUGGAAAGUUCAUCAUCUCAUGAUGUCUCGAUUUAG